GGCUCCAUUCCCCUCCAGCUCGCAUUUUGGAUUUGCUUCUGCAAAACCUCCGUUGCCAACUCACCUCCAUAAUUUCACAGCGCCGCACCAAACCAGAUGCACUGUAGGAACAGCGUUCUGCGGCAAUGACUCGAUAAUUUCACAGCGCCGCACCAAACCAACUGCACUGUAGGAACAUCGUUCUGCGGCCAUGACUCGAUAAUUUCACAGCGCCGCGCCAAACCAACUGCACUGUAGGAACAGCGUGCUGCGGCCCUCCGGCCCUCCGGCGGACGCAGUCAAAGAGGGGAUUAUCAGAAGUGACUUCGACAAAUGACAUCACGUAGCGACAAAUAGACGACAAUUUUAUUGGGACGCAACGUGGAGGAACACGUUUACGGAAUAGGUAAGGCAACCAUCUUGAGUCUUGCACUCUACGUGACAGCGGAUCGCCUUGUACGAAAAUUACAGCCGCCGGCCGGUUAGGUGGCUCCGCUAUUUGCAGUCGGCCAAGGUCCAAACAAAUCUCAAUCUAAAGGGUAGCAGUGGCAAUGCAAGAGAUCUUCUCUGGGCGACAAUAAAGCGAUGGCGUAUGCCGUAAUAACACAUGUUAAAUUGGCGAGACAGAGGCCGAAAAGGUUAAAAGAAAGCGUCGUCUUCGCGGGAGAUGUGCCCGACGACGAAGAAUCCAAACGACACUGCCUACGAGGAUGCCAGCGGUUUCGCACCGACGCGGGUGAUCUCCUUGGCCGUGGUGGAGGAUCCCAGCUACGACUGGCGGCGGGAGGCGAUCGAGGGGGGCAGCCUGCGCCAUGUUGACCUCCACAAGGGUGUUAACGGCUGGGCCUCCCCUCCUGGGGAUUUCUUCCGGCUACGCGGCCCCGACUAUUUCUCCAGUCGCCAGAAGUACCCCUCCGGCGAGUGGCUUCUCCGGCCCGCCGGCGUCGAUUGGCUUCGCUCCGCCAACCGCCUUGAUAACGUCGUCGGCCGCCGGGACAACCGCAUCGCCACCGCUUUACGGCGCGCUCACUCCCUCGGCCGAGCCCGCAAGGCUUUCGUCGUCGCUGUUAACCUCCAGAUCCCAGGCCGCGAAUGCCACUCCGCGGUGUUCUACUACGCCGCCGAGGAUCCGAUCCCGGCCGGAUCCCUCUUGUACCGCUUCAUCCACGGCGACGACGCGUUCAGGAACGCGCGUUUCAAGAUCGUGAACCGGAUCGUGAAGGGCCCGUGGCUGGUGAGGACGUCCGUGGGGAACCACGCCGCAUGCCUCCUGGGGAAGGCGCUCAGUUGCAACUACCACCGCGGGGAGAACUACCUCGAGAUCGAUGUCGACAUCGGGAGCUCCGCCAUUGCCACUGCUAUCCUUCACAUCGCUCUAGGUUGCGUCACCGAAGUGACUAUCGAUAUGGGCUUCCUCGUGGAAGCACAAGAGGAGGAGGAGCUGCCGGAGCGGCUUAUUGGGGCGGUUCGGGUGGCGCAAAUGGAGAUGAGUUCCGCCAGAUACGUGGAGACCAGAGACGUUGGAAAGGAAGGACGGUUAGGCAUUCUUCACUAGCUGCUUAGUGAAGAAUCAAUCUAGUUGUAAUCCUAUUCAAUUAUCCACGAUUACUCAUCGUCAGCUGUCUAAUUGUUUUUACUAAGUAUUCGAUUCA